AUGGAUGUCGCCGUCUCCAACAAGAUGGUGGAGCAGCGAUCAGGAAAUCGGAGUGGGUCGGAGUGGGUCGGAGGUAAUAAAUUGGUAAAGAAUAGUUUGAAAGCCAAGAAUGAACUGUUGGAAUCUUCUGAAGAAGAAGGGUUAGGUGCAAAUGUUCGAGUAGAUUUUUCAUUCUUUGAUCCAAAAGGCAAUGACUUUCAUGGAGUGAAGACCUUGCUGCAGACCUACCUUGAUGAUAAAGAGUGGGAUUUGAGUGGUUUCGUAGACUUAAUAUUGGAACAGACCACUGUAGGGUCUGUUGUUAAAAUAGAGGAUGAUGAAGAAAAUGGAAUUUUUGCUCUUGUUACGACCGCUCUUAACUUGGGCAGAUAUAAGGACUAUAAAUGUAUGACGGAGAUUAAGGAGUUUCUCCUGAAAGUAUCUGAGGAGAAGGACUGA